AGAGCUCUCUGGAGCUUUCAUGUCGCCACCAAUUCCUGCCGCGGGAGCCACAGCCACCAUUCGCCCACUUCAUUGGCAUUCUAAGCUGCAACGAGCGACCUGCAGCGACUAGAAUCUGCUAUCCACACGCUGCCCUUUCCAAUUCGACGUCGACACAACCGACCGGCAUAUCUUCCUGCAACCCGACCCCAUCGGGGUAGCGCAGGCCAACUCACUCCGCACAAGAGCUACCCUGCUUCUGCUUGCUAGACACCGACCACAGCAAUAGCAACAACAACGAACAAGUAGAUCAGACGCAGCAGCAACAGCAACAACAACAGCGUCAUCUCAUCGAUUCCGCCAACGACAGCCUCGUCGACGAACUUACGGCAAACCAUCCAAGAUGGUCAAGGAGACGAAGCUCUACGACCUACUGGGCAUUAGCCCCUCGGCCUCACAGGACGACAUCAAGAAGGCAUACAGGAAAGCGGCUCUAAAAUACCACCCCGACAAGAACAAGGACAACCCGCAGGCCGCCGAGAAGUUCAAGGAGUGCUCGCAAGCAUACGAGAUCCUCUCCGACCCGGAAAAGCGCAAGAUCUAUGAUCAGUUCGGCCUCGAGUUCAUUCUGCGCGGCGGCGUCCCCCAACCCGACGGCGCUGGCGGCCCGAACCCCUUCGCCGGCGGUGCGGGCGGCAUGCCCGAAGGCUUCGCCUCGUUCUUCGCCAACGCCGGCGGUCCAGGUGCGGGUGCAGGCCCGCGCUUCAGCACGUUUAACUUCCACUUCACCGAUCCCGACGAGCUCUUCCGCAACACCUUCCGCGACAGCGGGCUGGGCGGCGGCAUGUUCGACGACUUGUUCGGCGGCGGGGCGCGGUCGUCGACCUCGUCCACCGGCGGGCGGAGCCGCGGGCGGGGCUCCUUCGGCGAGAGCGCGCGCAGCGCCCGGGCGCCGACGCCCGAGGUGACCACCGUGGAGCGGCCGCUGCCGCUGUCGCUCGAGGACCUGUUCCAGGGCGUCACCAAGAGGAUGAAGAUCAAGCGCAAGAUGUUCGACGCGACGGGCAAGCGCACCACGACAGACACGGUGCUGGAGGUGCCCAUCAAGCCGGGUCUGAAGAAAGGCAGCAAGAUCCGCUUCAAGGGCGUCGGCGAUCAAGAAGAGGGUGGACAACAGGACCUGGUGUUUAUCGUCGAGGAGAAACCACACCCGCUCUUCGUCCGCGACGGCGACGACAUCAUCCACACGGUCGACUUGGACCUGAAGGAGGCCCUCACGGGGUGGCAGCGCACCGUCACGACCAUCGACGGCAGGAACCUCAACAUCGAGAAGUCCAACCCCACCCAGCCCGGCAGCCAGGACUCGUACCCGGGCCUGGGCAUGCCCAUCUCCAAGAAGCCCGGCCAGCGCGGCAACUUCAUCGUCAAGUACAACGUCCGCUUCCCCAUCACGCUCACCCCGACGCAGAAGCAGCGGUUGAGGGACAUCUUGUAGAUUUUCUCACACCGCCCCGUAUCUAUUGCGGUGAUUGGAAGCGAUUUUUUUCAAUGGUGGGGUGGGCUGGAAGGAUAUGGUGCGGGGUGACUUUGGGUGGAUGGG